UGUUGUUGACGCGGGUGAGUAGAGGCUGAAUGGGAGCGUUUCCCACACAAGAAACGGGGUCACCGCAAAAACAGGCCACCGAAACUGAAACCCCUACUCCGCCCCUGGUGACAACUCCUCCUCACAUUCCGGUGGGUCGUCUCCCGUUAUUCGCGAAGCCUACAAUGGGCUACAGACUACAGCGACUUCAUUACGAGUUUUUUCGGCGAAUCCUCGUGCUUCAGCUGUUAUUUCGCGAGCCAGGACAGUCUCACUUGUCUUUCAAGCCCGCUUUCGUCAUUCGCUCUUGCUCUUCAGUGUUACAUUCCGUUGAGCGUUAAGGCUGGAAAUAGCCUGCAUUGACAAUUUAAAGCCAGUUUGAUAUAUUUAUAGCAGUUCUGACAUCAAACAUUGAUGGUGGACGUUUUUUAUUUUUCCCUUGAACGGAUAUAAUGGAGUGAAUUGACCUGCACGAGAGAGGCAACCGUCAACAGUUUUCUUGCGUGUGAUGAUAGGAGACACAAUGACGCUGUUGUCUCUUCUGGGUCGGAUCAUGCGUUAUUUCCUCCUCAGGCCAGAGACAUUGUUUCUGCUAUGCAUUAGCUUGGCCUUAUGGAGUUACUUCUUCCACACGGACGAGGUGAAGACCAUCGUCAAGUCCAGCCGGGAUGCCGUGAACAUGGUGAAGGGGAAAGUGGCGGAGAUGAUGCAAAACGACAGGUUGGGGGGGCUGAAUGUCCUAGAUGCGGAGUUCUCCAAAACUUGGGACUUCAAAAACAACAAUGUAGCAGUGUACUCCAUUCAGGGGCGGCGCGACCACAUGGAGGACCGAUUCGAGGUGCUCACCGACAUCACCAACAAGAGUCACCCGUCUAUAUUCGGGAUAUUUGACGGUCACGGUGGUGAGGCUGCAGCGGACUAUGUAAAGGCCCACCUUCCGGAGGCUCUGAGGCAGCAGUUGCUGUCCUAUGAGAGGGAGAAGAGGGAGAGCGUUCCUUCCUACCCCAGCAUCCUGGAGCAGCGUAUCCUGGCUGUAGACCGAGACAUGGUGGACAAGCUCUCCGCCAAUCACGACGAAGCAGGUACUACAUGUCUGGUGGCCCUGCUAUCGGACAGGGAGCUGACGGUGGCCAACGUUGGGGACUCACGAGGCGUGUUGUGUGACAAGGACGGAAACGCUGUGGCAUUGUCACAUGACCACAAGCCAUACCAGCUGAAGGAGCGCAAGAGGAUCAAGAGGGCAGGGGGCUUCAUCAGCUUCAACGGCUCAUGGCGCGUCCAGGGCAUCCUGGCCAUGUCUCGCUCGCUGGGCGAUUACCCCCUAAAGAACCUCAAUGUGGUCAUCCCCGACCCCGACGUGUUGACCUUUGACCUGGACAAGCUGCAGCCCGAGUUCAUGAUCCUGGCGUCGGACGGGCUGUGGGACGCCUUCAGCAACGAGGAGGCUGUGCGUUUCGUGCGCGAGCGCCUGGACGAGCCGCACUACGGUGCCAAGAGCAUCGUGCUGCAGUCUUUCUACCGCGGCUGCCCCGACAACAUCACCGUCAUGGUGGUCAAGUUCAAGAGCGGCCCCGUGGGGAGCAAGGCUGAGGAGUAGAGGCGGUGAUGUCACAAGUUUGUGAUGGGGUUAUUAUGUUAUAGAUAGACUCUCCUCCCGUAUGGAUAGUGCAGCAAGCAAUCAAUGGGGAGGAUUGGGAACUGUUGCAACAUGCAUACCUGGCAUUCUCUUUGAAACUCAUGUAUAACCACACCAACACCAACAUCCUAAACUAUGUAGUUUAUUUUUCAUUUCUGACUAUGACUUUUGGAUAGAGAAGUAUUUUUGCUUGAAUUAUGGCCUUAACUCGGAAGCUGGAGUGCUUGAUCAUCUUGACACACUCACACAUACACACGUCCAUCUGCCGUCUCACACAUUGGCAUUCAGCACGAACACACAACUGGAGAUCACCUCUUCUUCAUCACUGAGAUGACUCUCUGACUCAAACAGUAAAGCAAACUGAUCUAGUGUUCUCUGCACGCCCUGCUGCAGUGUGUUGUACUGUCACAGGACUGAUACUGUCCUAAAGAAAACUGUAAAAGAAUAAGCACCUGUUGAGACUUUUCAUUUUGGUGGAAUGAUAAGCCCUUACGUAUCGGCCCAUAAAAAUGUUCUUGGUCAUAUACAGGAUCAGUUAUACCCUGAUCUAGUUCCAGCCAUUGCCUUUUUCGUCAACAUAGUCUUAACAGGGCUGAUGUUAAGUUACUGUAUUAUGGUACUGGACCUGUAUAGGACAUUUGUUUAGCCUAUCCGUGUUUAGGAAAGAUCUGUGGAUUUUAGCACUCAGGUGUUGAUGCCUUCGAUCAUGGGAAUCGUACAGACUGGGAGGUGCAUCUCAGACUGCUUAUUAAAGCACCGUUACCCAUGGCGACUGAGUUAAAGGCUACACAGCUGAAACAGGAAGGCUAAUUGACAGUAAUAUGGCCACCCGUGUGUUAAUUUUACAAGUGUGCUACUGUAUUGAAUACUACUAUUAUGACUGUAUUUCCAACAAUUUCUCACAGGCUCACCUCAGAAUUUGACGUUCAUUCAUGUUUCUCAAACAUCAAAUUUCGAAGUUGUUCCAAACAUCAAAUUUCAAAGUGUUUAACGUUUUUUUAACUAGACAUUUUUUAGGUUAGGGUAAUGUUUAGGCAUUAAUUCAGAAUUAUUACGGUUAUACAUGAACCUUUCAGAAUGAAGGUUUGGGAUAGGCUUAAAACCAAAAUAUAAAAACUGCUUUCUAUCGCUGGAUUUGAAUAUGCAACUUUUGGAACCAAAUGCAGAUGUUUACACCCAACCGCCAUCCCCUUUCACAACGUCCUAGCAAAACCCAAACCUACUGGAAGGGAACAGCACUGACUGUUGUCCUUAGUGGCUAGUUUCCUCUUUUAUCUCCCGGAGUCCUCAGACAUGGAUGGACAUUGAAUACUGACUUGUAUAAGGGGUGACCUGCCUGGUAUUUAUUUCAUAGGUACAUAAUUUUAAUUUAAAAAAUAUAUAUGUUAUAUUAUCAUAUACACCGAAUAGGUGUUGUUUAUAGGGUUAACCAUAGUACGGUGCCCUUGUAGCAAAUUAAGGUUAAGUGCCUUGCGCAAGGGUAUAUCGACAGAUGUUUUAUUUUGUCUGGUCGGGUAUUCAAACCAGCAACCUUUCAGUUACUAGCACAACGCUCUAACAGGUAGGUUAUCUGCUGCCCUAUGAUGUGGCAAACCGUUUAUCAUUUAACAAUGUACCUUAAUUGCCUUAUUUUUUCAGUUUUAAUCUUGUCAAAACAAAACAUACACCGAUGUUUAUUGUUCACCUCUGCAUACAGUAUGCAUACGUUGAUAAUGCAACAAGCAUCACUUGUAGACAGUUCACCAACAAGUCACUCAUAUAAUCUGCCAAACACAAAAUGUAUGAAUUUUCUGAAUGCAGUCUGUCAGUAUUAAAAUCCAAUGCUACCAUGUCAAA